AUGGCUGCUCCAGCUCAGCAGGACCGCAAGAUCCGCCUCGACCUCGUGCGCGCCGCGCCGGACCAGGCGCUCACCCUCCGGCGCGUCCUCCACUUCCUCGCCGUCGUCCUCCCCCACAUGUUCAUCAUCCUCCCCGUCCGCGUCAUCUUGGCCCACACCGUCCUGCGCUGGCGCUCGCGCUCUGUCCGCGUCCUCGGCCGCCCUGCCCUCGCCGAUUUCGUCGUCAAGCUCGCCCAGUUCAUCCUCAGCCGCCUACACGUCGCCCAGUCGCGCAUCAUCUUCAACCGCGACCGCUCGUACAACCUCGUGCACGGCGGCCCUUACUUCAAGGGUGCGCGCGACUGGGUCACAAAGGUCGAGGUCAACGGCACGGCCGGCCGCUGGAUCGCGCUCCCGGGCACUCGACGUGCCGAGGACCAGGUCGUCCUGUACUUCAUCCACGGCGGCGGAUUUGUGCUCGACACGGGCUCAAACGCCCAGGACAUCCUCCUGCACGCCAUGAAGGCGCUCAACCUCAAGCAGAGUGUCCAAGCCUCGGUCUUCUGCCUCGACUAUCGCCUCGCUCCCGAGUACAAGUACCCCUCGCAGCUCAUCGAGACGCUCGCUGGGUACCACUACCUCGUCAACACGCUCGGCAUCAGCGAGGACAAGAUUGUCGUCGGCGGCGACUCGGCGGGCGGCAACCUCGCGACGGCGUUCCUCCUGCACCUCGCUCGCCCGGCCAAGGAGAUCUACGUGCCCGAGGAGCUCGGACCUACUCCUGGGCGUCCCGGCGGCGCCCUCAUCAUCUCGCCGUUCGUCAACCUCGCGUCUCGCUCGGCCUCGUCGUUCGCCAACACGCCUCACGACUUCAUCGAGCUCGGCGGCGGGUUCCGGGCUGCGUGCGACUACCUCGGCGUCACGCCGCCGCCGUCGUACCGGUUCCCCGAGCCGUCGCUCAACCCGCUGUACCAGUUCAAGUUCCCGCGUGCGCACCCGCCUGUCGACGGCGAGAAGCUCCACACGCUGCACGGCUGGGCCCACUGCGAGGGCAUCGAGCUGUUCCGCUCGCCGUACGUCAACCCGGUCGUGCAGCGCGACGCGAGCUGGUGGAAGGAGGCCAUGCCCGGCGGCGGCAAGACGGUCGUGACUUGGGGCGGCAAGGAGAUCUUUGCCGACGACGACGACGAGUUCUUCCAGCGCCUCCAGAAGGCCGGCGUCGCGCCGACCAAGGUCUUCAAAAAGUUCGGCGCGCACGACUGGAUCCUGCACGACUGGAGCGUUCCGACCGUGUGGCGCACCAAGGCGACCGGGCCCGAGAGCAAGUUCAACUUUGGGCUCGACGCCAUCGUUCGCCUCCUGUCGCAGGUCGCUGCCGACGCCGCCGCCGCUCCGCCUCGCGCAUCUCGUCACUCGGCCGACAAGAAGCAGGGCAAGGCCGAGCAGAAGGUGUCGAAGAAGGGCGCGAGCGCCAUUGAGAAGGCCGCGCCCGUCGGCGACGAGGCGCACGAGUCGUACGCUCAGGUCGCCGAGCACGAGGAGGACGCUCAGGCCCCCGUCGUCGCCAAGGGCGAGGGCGACGUGCUGCACGUCGGCGGCUCGAUCGAGGGGAGCGGCGUCCUCGUCGAGAAGCCGGCCAAGAGGUCCGUGUAG